CCAGAUGAGGGAGAGCGGUCGCGCGACAGUAGCUGUGCUGCUGCAGCCGCGGACGCAGAAUCAACCCUCGCGGGCACGCGAUUCGCUCUUCUCUCUCUCUUCUCUCUCUAUCUCUCUUUCUCUGUUUCUCUCUCUCUCUCUCUCUCUCUCUCUCGCUUUCUCUCUCCUCCUGCUCUCCUACGCUCUCCACCUUUUUUCGCAUACACUUAUGCGGCCUUUUUUUCUGCCUCGCUCUCCGCCGCCUCGUCGCUACUCGCCCUUUUUUUCUCCUCAUCGUUGAGAGCAAAACAAACACUGCGAGUGGCGACGGAUGGAAGCUGCGACGGGAGGAUACACCCGGCGUGAAACCCAGUGGCGGAGAUACUCCAGCAGCAGCCUCCGGUUUUAGCCUUCGCUGGAUCAUGCCGGCGUGAUGUAUCGUGUGAGCCGCACAGACGCAGAGCCAGGAGCACCUGAACGCGGAGGGUGAGCUUCAGUCGUCGAGCUUGCGGAGGGAUGGGUUCGCUGCCGAACCUGCACGAGCUCUCGCGGGAGAAGCUCUCGUCGCCGGUGCACAGGCCGGCGCCAGUCGGCGGUCUGGGCCCCGUGAGGCUGCCGCCGCAGCCGCCGCCCCUCGCCCACACGCACAAACGGGCGCGCAGCAGCGGCAGCCAUCAUCAUCACGCCACUCAGCUCUGGGACAACGAUGCCAUGUUCGAGCACAUGGCAACGUACUCGCCGAUCUCGUGCCGUUCGGCACGAGCCUCGGCACUGUCGUGGCGUCGCCGUGAUUCGAUGUCUUCGUCGGCGGGUGCCUCGUCGGUACGUCGCCUCAUAGCUGCAGUGCGCACGGCGCCAUCAGGCCCGAGGCCGCCGAAAAAGGCCGUUUUGAGACAUUGCGCCGCCGUGUUGUUGGGCCACGCGAGUUGGUCGGCUGCCACGUUGCCCAUGUUCCCGCUACAAGCGGGUCUCGGCGCUUUCGACGCACAGCUCGGACCUGUACUGCUGGCUCUGCUCUAUACCACAGCUACCCUUACCAGCUGUUUUUCGCCAAUUUUCACGCAAAAACUUGGUACCAAUUUGGCCAUUUGUAUUGGUCAUCUUAUUACCAUCAUCUUCGUUGGAGUUCAUCUGUACCCUAAGUGGUACAUACUGUUGCCGAGUUACGCGCUGAUGGGAAUCUGGAUGAGUCCGAGCUUUUUGGCGCGGAUCUCUCACGUGAACGUAUCAGCGACGAAUCUAGGGCUGGUGUGCGCCGAUCCCGAGGACUCCGACGAGACUAGACGCGAGUGCAUCCUCAGGAGGCUUAAUCGCGGCGUCAAGCUCGCCGAGGACGUGGGCCUGGCAUUUGGCUGCCUGAUAGCGUGGAUCCUGAUAAAGUUGACGGACAAGUCGCUGCUGCUGCCGGCCGCGAUGACGGAAGGGGAGAUGGAGAACAGAUGCGGCGCCGAAUAUUGCUCGGAGGACAAGCUGUUCUACAACGAGAGUCUGUUGGCGCCGACAAUGGCAGCCAACACCUCGAAGAUGGUGGUGAGCGUGUGGCUGGGCCUGGCCACUCUGGCUUUCGGCGUCUCGUGCGCCUUCCUCGACGCUCGCAUGAAGGAGCCGCAGAACGCGAACGAGCAUCUCGGCAGCGAGGCCGUGGUCAAGGCCGUGAAGAGCGCCUUUCAGGAUCCAAAGCUGCAGCUCGCCGCGCCGCUCACCCUGUUUAUCGGCCUCGAGCAGGGCUUCAUAUUCGCCGACUUCACCGAGGCUUAUGUGGUGUGUGCGCUGGGCGGCGCCAACGCCGUGGCGCUCAGCUUCAUGAGUCUGGGCCUGCUGCAGGCCCUCGCCGGCGCCACGCUGUCGAUGCUGCUCAGGCACAUAAGAAGAUACUUCGUCAUCGCCGUGGGUUUCGCCUUCCACGCUUGCCUCCUACUGGUGCUGGUCACGUGGAGGCCAGCGGGCGACGACCCAGCACUCUUCCACGUCAUAUCCGCCGCCUGGGGCGUUUGCAACGCCAUUUGGGAGACUCUGAUAUACACGCUACUGUUGGGUCUGCACGGCAGCUCAUGGCAAGGGCCCUUGGCGAGCUCGCUGUUCUGGCGCUGGCUAGGACUGGCGCUGGCCCUCGGCCUCCACGGCCUCGUCUGCACGCGCCUGCGAGUCCUCGGGCUGGCGACGAUGCUUGUGCUCUCGGUGCUACCCUACUCUUGGCUGGAGAUCAGACUCGCCAAGAGGGGCAAGAGUCUCGCACCUUUGUGACCGCGUCGCUCUUUCAAGCAGCAGCAGCAGCAGCAGCAGCAGCAGCAGCAGCAGCAGCAGCAGCAGCAGCAGCAGCAGCCGCAGCAGCAGCAGCCGCAGCAGCCACAGCAGAGCUCGCUUCGCAGGAAGAACUCGCACGCCGACUGAGUCAGGCUCGUUCCAUCCGGCUCCUGGAGGAAACGAAGCAACCGAUCCAACAGCCUUUGCGCCCCCACGCCGCGACGACACGUUAGUCUUAGCCUCGGCAACGUCAACGUUUUCGUGUGUCACGCGAAAAACCUUGGCUUGAACGAGGAUCAGCAGCAGCCCAAGCUGGCCGCCGCCGCUGACGGUGCCGUCGAGGUCAUGGCCACUGAGACUUCCACCUGAGCUUCCCAUUUCAGUGGUUUUCGUUUCGAAUUGCGCGCCCUGGCGGUUUUUCGCGACAAAUGCUUUCCGGGGACGCCUGACCUACCUGCGGCCACGGUUUUCCAACUACUGCACUCGCGGUUUGUCCGACAAAAUUCGUACCAAAUUAAAACACCUGCCAGUUUGAAUAAAAGUAAAUAAUUCUCUCCGCGGUCGCAGACAUUUUCAGGCAUUAUUUUCGAUUAUCUAAUUGAAGAUUAGUUAUAGACAGCACGUUUUUUUUGCUUUUUAUUUUUUAUCAAUCUUUAUUGAUCAGCUAGACUAUUUCAUUUGUCGGGGGACACGGUAUUCAUUUCUAUCUACACCAACUAAUCUACGCUCUAGAACUGUUUAUCUUCUUAAAAUUUUAUCUGUACUAUACCUGUCAAAUGGAUCGAGAGCUGUGUUAUCCUUCCAGUUUGAAUUUUAAAGCUGGAUGGAACGCCGAAACCUGACGUAAAUAGCGUUUACAUCCGUAAACAAAAAAAACAUUUGUGAUUGGUGAUAAAUGUGUAAUAUGUUAUGAUUGUGUACUCGUAACAGUUAAUAUACAAAAAAAAAAACUACUAGUAGCUGCGAUAACAUGAUCAUUCUAAAUGCGAACAUGCUACGUAGAAAAGCGAAGUAAAUCGUAAUUUUUGUAUAUUUUUCUUUGUAAAUAUGAUUUUAAUUUCAUGAUUAUUUAUUUAUGCAUGAUUUAUAGAACGCGAAGGAAUGCUAUAAGUUUUAUAUAUUUUACACUUCAUGUUUUGAAGCACUGUAAAGGAGUUUUAAUUUAAGUUCAACAAGGAAAAAAAUUUUACGUAUUUAAAUAUAGAAUUUCGCUAACAUUUUUACACUAUGCGAAGUUUUGGUUUCAUAUUAAAUUUAUUUUCGUCCGAAUUCGGUUGCAAAAAAAUCAUUACUGCACCAAAACGGUAGACAAACCUCUUCCUUGGUGUGCCUAAAAUAACGAAAAUUGAAAAACUUUCAAAUUCGAAUUUUAGCCGCAUGUAAAUAUUCCAAAAAAAAUGUACGAAUAACUAUUCAACAUACAAAAGAUAUAUGAACUUUAAGAUGAGCAAAACAGCUUAGAUCCCUGUGCCUAUAGUCGAAUUCGAACAUUGAAAUUAAAAUCAAUAAAACAAAACAAAUAAAAACAAAUAAAAAAUGAUAAAGAUUAUGUAUUAUUAUUAUAUACCGGUAAUGUAUAAUAUAAAUGUAAAGGGAAAUAUUCCCUAUUUUCCUGCCAAAAGAAGUAUUAAUUUUUAAUCACCUGCACAGCGAUUUAAAGAAAAUUCACAAGAAAAUAGAAGCGCGUUCAGAGAGUAGGAUGUUUGAGAAUACUUGAAUACGGGCUAUUAUUUUUUUACGACCUUUCAAUGGAAUGGAAUAACUACCAGCUUGAAUCAGCACAUGACGAGUACUGAUUGCCUGAACAUGCCAUAGCUGACGUUACUAUAAAUUUAAUGUACAUAAUUAUAAAGAUUCAAAAUUCCAAAAAUAUCGUAGAUAGGAAGUCUGCAAAAUCUGCCAAAUAACAGCAUCUUUGAUAAUACAUCGACUUCUUCAAACCACUAUAAGAUUAUUUUUUAACGACGUAUAAUGUACUUUACAACAAGGCGAACGUCAAUGUUAACAUUUGUGGUUCGAUAUUUGUCAAAAGUUCAACAAGCGUGUUCGCAUAUCAAAAUAUCCUGGUAAAAAGAUUUGCUAAAGAACAUUUAAAAGCUUAAGGGAA